ACAACCUGGUUGGAUCUUAUUACGCUGAAUUUAGCUGCUUCUCGGCGGUCUUCUGCUAUUUUUAUCCCGUUUUGUUAUAUGUAAGUUGACGAACACAGAACAAUCUAGGAAGCUAGUGGGAAGUUAGCUAGCAGGGAGGCUAGCUGGCUAACUAUUUUCGUCUCGGAAUAAUGGCGACAGUGCUGCAGAAGAAGAAUGGACAGUAUCUGUGGUUUGCUCUUCUCGGGCUGGGAUUUCAAGCGGACAUUACAACGUCGUCCUUCGCCGGCAAAGCCAACGUUACCGUUAAACACAUUAACGUGGGGCCGAAUAUGUUUGACAAACCAAACAAAGAUGCCUUCUACAUCGUGACCCAUUUCUUGCUGGAGAAACUCAACCCGACUCGAUUUCACGAGGCAUACAGCACUCUGGAUGAAGCUGCGAAUGCUGGAUCUAAAGUGGUGGCGUCAUUGUUUCUCUCACCUGGAGGCCCCAAGUUUACCAGCUUGAUGCUUCAUUUGACCAAUCAUGUCAUGCUGCAGGAAAUGAAGACAUUCACCACAGAUGACAGUUGGAUUCCUGAGGAUGCAGCGACGCCUGCUUCCACCUUGGAUAUGGCAGUUAAGAGAUUCAGUCUGAUCCGUACGAGGUUUUUGAAAACUGCGGUGGAUCAGGAUCGUUUUCUUCACGAGUACCAGAGACGAGCCCAGCUUCUGGUGAAGUCUAUGAGGGACAUCAGAGCAGAUGGUGCCAAGUAUGAUGAGCUACUUAAGCGUCACAGCAGUGAUUCUACACAAGAGGGAGAUUCUCCAGCUGAGAAGAUUAAAAAGGUGCAGUUGUUGUGGUCGACCAUUGAUGGAAUGCUGUCGACGAUCAAAGAGGAGAAGAAUGCAGUGGAAAGUGUUUUGAAGGGGGAUGCAGAUCAAUACAUUUUGGACGGGAUGGAUGGAGUCCUCAGAAUUCCUCGUUGUCUGCUGGAGAGAAUUGAAAAGCUUCCACAUCAGGCUCUUGGCUUCCUCUCUCCAAUGGCUCCACUGUGUUUUGAACCAGCAGCUGAAGCUAGUUACAGAAGUAGCAUCUUCUCCCAGUACCCGGCUAAACUUCUUGAAGAGAAGCCUGCAGAGGGUAAAUCACAGGAGGGUGUACAUCCCAGUUGCUCUGUCAGGAGUUCCUUCCUUGCAACAGCUGAGAGGCCUGGAAGUCCUGUUGCGACCAUGGAAGCACCACGAGCAAACACAUCUCUCGACUGGCUUUUUGACACGCCUCCAUCCCCUCCUGUUAGGGCUCCACCUGUACAACCACCACAGGCCAGUGUGAAAAAGAGCAGCAAUGUUCAUGAGAAAGUGGCUCCCGUUAAGACCAAGGCUCAGAUAAUUGACUUGGAAUGUGACAACCUUGCUGAUCAGUUUGCAGAUGCUAUAGCUACAACCAGUCCAUCAGAGGACAGCGUUAAAGGUUCGGAGUUGGAGGGCCUUCUGAGCUCUCUUCAAAGAGAUCCUUUCUCUACUAGAAAACAGCUGCCGCGUACUCCUGAAAGCUUGAUUCUGGAUGUGAAAAGCUCCUGGAGAAAGGCUGUGGAGGAAGACAACGCCAAGAAAAUCCAGCAGUCAGCUGACUUUGACGGCAGCAUAAUGAGGCGCCUCAGUCCCCUCCCUGAACCCUGCAGUUUGCUGCUGAGCCCCGACGCCGCCUCACAUAACGUCUCCUGCAGCGUCACCCCUGCUGUGAUGCUCCACGGAGGCCCCCAUGCUGACAGACAGGGGGCUUUACUCAAGUCCAGUUUUUCAUGGGACACUUUUAACGCAGAGCCCUUGGACAGUCUGAGCGGCAGCAGCUCGGUCCAGUUCUCCCUCCAACACGAAACUCUCCCUGAAAUGCCGAGUUGCGACAGUCUGCUGAGCCUUGACGAUGAAACUGUAGCUAUGAGGAGUGAAGAUGAGGAGUUGCUGAUCCCAUUGCUGAAAAUUGAAUCGACUCAGUCACCGUUGACCACACGUCAUCGUCGGGCCUCACUGAUGGAAAAGACACCCGAGUGUCUUGUGUCUGAUUACAAGGGGUCGGACAGAGACUGGCUGAUGGAACCUGCAACAACACAACCCACAGACAAGGUCUUCUCACUGGAUCUAGAUGCUCUGGAGACACACUCGCCUCCAAAGAAGCAGGAGUACAGCCUCCCCAAACUCAUCACAUUCUCCCCAAUAGAUGACAUGAAGUGUUAACGAUUCUUACCAACUAUUCUGCUGCCUCUUAAGUUGUCUGUUGUGAUUUUAUUAAUACUUGUAUAUAGCUGGAAAGUGACUUACAUUUCAUGCACUGGUAGUUUUCUGUCAUAAUUUAAAUUAAUAUGCUGAACAUGAAGUGCUUGAAUAAAACUGUGGACUACU